AGAAUUAAAGCGUGUUUUAUAGCAUAUGAAUGAUGCUUAUUUAAACUGAUUUUUCUACAUUAAGAAGUUGUUCUGCUGGGUGGUAGUAGCACUCUCUUUUAAUCCCAGCACUCAGGGAGGUAGAAGAAGGCAGGUUUCUGUGAGUUCAAGGCCACCUUGGUCUACAGAGUGAGUUCUAGGACAGCCAAGGCUACACAGCCAAACCCUGUCUUGAAAAACCAACAUAUAAAACCAAAAUAAAAUAACUCCUUUUUGCCACAUUUGGUUUGUGUGUUUUAGAUUGCUCUGUGGGUUUCCUUUGAUUAUAUCAUUGAAGUUUUCAUUUUUGUUCCCUUGAAAAAGUAUGUACCUGUUGACCCACUUACUUACUAUGCAGAGUUUUAAAAUAUUCUUUCUUCUAAAUGGAGUGUGUACAUUAUACAAUAUAUUUACAUAAAAACUUUCCUUUAGUUAACUUCUGGUCCUCUACUGACUUGACCAUGGAGACUGUAUUCUGAAGUAGUAAAAGAAAUGCAAAAACACCUUUUGACAGAAAUAUGUGAUGAUGUAGCUUUGCUAAGGAUUCAGAAGCUAAGCAGAAAUGAGCGUAACAUCCUGGUUUUUGGUGAGCAGUGGAGGCACUCGCCACAGGCUGCCACGAGAAAUGAUUUUUGUUGGAAGAGAUGACUGUGAACUCAUGCUGCAGUCCCGUAGUGUGGAUAAGCAACAUGCAGUUAUCAAUUAUGAUGCAUCUAUGGAUGAACAUUUGGUGAAAGAUUUAGGCAGUCUAAAUGGGACUUUUGUGAAUGAUGUAAGGAUACCAGAACAGACAUACAUCACUUUGAAACUUGAAGAUAAGCUGAGAUUUGGAUAUGAUACAAAUCUCUUCACUGUAGUACGAGGAGAAAUGCGGGUCCCUGAAGAAGCUCUUAAGCAUGAGAAGUUCACCAUUCAGCUUCAGUUGUCCCAGAAGUCUUCAGAAUCAGAAUUACCAAAAUCAACAAGUGCCAAAGGCACAGACUCAAAAGUGGAUGCUGCUGCAGAAGUGCAGCCCCGAGCCACAGAAACACUGAAGUCAGAGGAGAAGCCCGUGGAUGUUUCUGCUAUGCCCCGUGGAACUCCAUUAUAUGGGCAGCCAUCGUGGUGGGGAGAUGAUGAGGUGGAUGAACAAAGAGCUUUCAAGUCUAAUGGCAAGCCUGAAGAAAAAAACCACGAAACUGGGACGUCAGGGUGCAGCGUAGAAGUCAAGCAAGUGGAGGAACAGUCUGCAGCUACAAAUGAAGACGCUCUUUUUCCUUUCUGUAGGGAACCAAGUUAUUUUGAAAUUCCUACAAAAGAAUUCCAGCCGCCAUCACAAAUAGCAGAAAGCACUAUUCAUGAGAUUCCAACAAAAGACACCCCAAGUUCGCAUACAGCAGGUGCAGGGCAUGCCUCAUUCACCAUUGAAUUCGAUGACAGUAUGCCAGGAAAAGUAACUAUUAGAGACCAUGUGACAAAAUUCACUUCUGACCAGCGCCACAAGGCGAAGAAGGCCUCUCCCGGAACUCAAGACUUGCCAGGGAUUCAGACAGGAAUGAUGGCACCAGAAAACAAAGUAGCUGACUGGCUAGCACAAAACAACCCUCCUCAAAUGGUGUGGGAAAGAACAGAAGAGGAUUCCAAAAGCAUUAAGAGUGAUGUUCCCGUGUACUUGAAAAGGUUGAAAGGAAACAAACAUGAUGAUGGCACACAGAGUGAUUCAGAGAACGCUGGCGCGCACAGGCGCUGUAGCAAGCGUGCAACUCUGGAGGAACAUUUACGACGCCAUCACUCAGAACAGAAAAAGAAGGCCCAAUCUACUGAAAAGCAUCAAGACCAGGCUGCUACUAGCUCUACGCACCACAGAGGGGGGCAUGGUGUUCCACAUGGGAAAUUGUUAAAACAGAAAUCAGAGGAGCCAUCGGUGUCAAUACCCUUCCUACAAACUGCAUUAUUAAGAAGUUCAGGGAGUCUUGGGCACAGACCAAGCCAGGAGAUGGAUAAAAUGUUAAAAAAUCAAGCUACUUCUGCUACUUCAGAAAAGGAUAAUGAUGAUGACCAAAGUGACAAGGGUACUUAUACCAUUGAGUUAGAGAAUCCCAACAGUGAGGAGGUGGAAGCAAGAAAAAUGAUUGACAAGGUAUUUGGAGUAGAUGACAAUCAGGAUUAUAAUAGGCCUAUUAUCAAUGAAAAGCAUAAAGGUCUGAUAAAAGAUUGGGCUCUCAACUCUGCUGCAGUAGUAAUGGAAGAAAGAAAGCCAUUGAGUACACCUGGGUUUCAUAACUCAGAGGAAGUGAUACCUUCAUCUGGAAGCAAACGUUGGGUUUCACAAUGGGCUAGUUUGGCUGCUAAUCAUACAAGGCAUGAUCCCGAAGAAAGGUUAAUGGAAUUGUCUGCAACUGUAGAAAAUGAGACAGAUACUGGUGAAGCUGGUCUUUCUCUGAGAAGUACUAGCUCUGCAGCUUCCCUGGCUAGUCAGGGAGAGAGGAAGAGGCGAACUCUUCCCCAGCUCCCAAACGAAGAAAAGCCUUCCGAGAGCUCCAGAGCAAAGGUGGUGACCCCGAGGUCAGAGAUAGGGGAGAAGCAAGACACGGAGCUGCAGGAAAAAGAAGCGUCUGCUCAGGGGUACCAGAAUGAGAAGCACGGUGCAGACAGAGGCCUCAGUAAAAUGAGCAGAGUGGUCAAUGGUGAGAUCCCUACAUCUGGGGGAGACAGCAAGGCCCUCCUUCACUCGGGCAGCUCUUCCAGCAAGGAGAGGAGUGAAACCGAUAAAGAGACUUCUUUGGUAAAACAAACAUUAGCUAAAAUCCAACAGCAACAGGAACAAAAGGAACAGGUUCAGUGGACUCCUCCUAAAUUUUCUUCAAAAACUGCUUCAGGACACAUAGAUAAAUGUAGGGAAGAAUCUUCUAAGCAAGAGUCCCAACUUGUAGAAAAAACUCCAGGACAUUCUACAAGCAAAGGAGAAAGAGUAAUACCAAAUGAAAGCAAGAGAAGAAAAGCUGAGGAAAUCCCCAAAAGUCAGACUUCGAAAGGAGACAAGAAAGAGUUCUCCAAGUCAUUAGUGCGACAAGGGAGUUUCACCAUAGACAAACCCAGCUCAAACAUCCCCAUCGAACUCAUUCCCCACAUCAACAAGCAGAACUCAUCCGCCCCUACUUCCCUAGCACUGGCAUCUGCAAGUAGACUGCGAGAAAGGAGCGACUCGUUGGAUACUGAUUCUAGCAUGGACACAACCUUGAUUCUAAAAGACACGGAAGCAGUGAUGGCUUUUCUAGAAGCUAAACUGCGGGAAGAUAAUAAUAAAACUGAUGAAGGCCCUGAUACUCCCAGUUACAAUAGAGACAAUUCUAUUUCACCAGAAUCUGAUGUGGACACAGCCAGUACAAUUAGUCUGGUUACUGGAGAGACUGAAAGAAAGUCCACCCAAAAGCGGAAGAGUUUCACUAGUCUCUAUAAAGACAGGUGCUCCACGAGUUCCCCUUCCAAAGAUGUUACAAAGUCAAGCACUAGGGACAAAAUUGAAAAGAAAGCAAAAAGCCGCUCUACAGAUGUAGGCUCAAGAGCAGAUGGUCGGAAAUUUGUACAGUCCAGUGGAAGAAUCCGGCAGCCUUCUGUAGACUUAACAGAUGAUGACCAGACCUCCAGUGUACCUCAUUCUGCUAUCUCUGACAUUAUGUCAUCUGACCAGGAAACAUACUCCUGCAAAUCUCAUGGGAGGACUCAACUUACCUCAGCCGAUGAGCACAACAUACAUUCCAAACUGGAAGGAGGCAAAGCAGCAAAGUCUAAGACUUCUCCUGUUGCUUCUGGUUCAUCAAGUAAAUCGACCACUCUCCCAAGGCCACGGCCCACCAGGACUUCCCUCCUGCGUCGAGCUCGGCUCGGUGAAGCUUCCGACAGUGAACUUGCUGAUGCUGACAAAGCAUCUGUUGCUUCUGAAGUGUCCACCACAAGUUCCACAUCGAAACCACCAACAGGAAGGCGAACCAUCUCUCGGAUUGAUUUAUUGGCCCAGCCUCGAAGAACAAGACUUGGCUCACUCUCCGCCCGUAGUGACUCUGAAGCAACAAUAUCAAGAAGCAGUGCCUCUUCACGUACUGCAGAAGCUGUUAUUAGGAGUGGAGCCAGAUUAGUGCCCUCGGAUAAACUUUCUCCUAGAACUAGAGCUAACAGUAUCUCUCGGCUCUCAGACUCCAAGGUCAAAAGCAUGACUUCCUCUCAUGGCUCUCCUGCAGUAAAUUCAAGAUGGAGGCGCUUUCCUACUGACUAUGCUUCCACCUCAGAAGAUGAAUUUGGAUCAAACCGUAAUUCCCCUAAACAUACUCGUCUGCGUACUUCUCCAGCCCUGAAAACCACUCGCAUGCAGAGUACUGGAUCAGCAAUGCCUGCCAGCUCUUCAUUCAAGCACCGGAUUAAAGAGCAGGAAGACUAUAUCCGAGACUGGACUGCCCAUCGCGAAGAGAUAGCCAGGAUCAGCCAAGAUCUUGCUCUCAUUGCUCGGGAGAUCAACGAUGUAGCAGGAGAAAUAGAUUCAGUGACUUCCUCAGGCACUGCCCCUAGUACCACAGUAAGCACUGCUGCCACCACCCCUGGCUCUGCCAUAGACACUAGAGAAGAGGUAGGAGAUCUUCAUGGAGAAAUGCAUAAGUUGGUUGAUCGUGUUUUUGAUGAAAGCCUCAACUUCCGAAAGAUACCGCCAUUAGUUCAUUCUAAAACACCAGAAGGAAACAAUGGUCGGUCUGUUGAUUCAAGACCUCAGCCAGCAGAGCAUCCUGAUCACUUAACGAUUACAAGACGGAGAACCUGGAGUAGGGAUGAAGUCAUGGGAGAUAAUCUGUUGCUGUCAUCAGUCUUUCAGUUCUCUAGGAAGAUAAGACAAUCUAUUGAUAAAACAGCUGGGAAAAUUAGAAUAUUAUUUAAAGACAAAGAUCGGAACUGGGAUGACAUAGAGAGCAAGUUAAGAGCCGAAAGCGAAAUCCCUAUUGUGAAAACCUCAAGCAUGGAGAUUUCUUCUAUUUUACAGGAGCUGAAAAGGGUUGAGAAGCAGUUGCAAGUGAUCAAUGCCAUGAUUGACCCAGAUGGAACUUUGGAAGCUCUUAACAACAUGGGAUUUCCCAAUGCCAUCCUGCCAUCUCCACCAAAACAGAAGUCCAGUCCUGUUAAUAACCACAGCAGCCCUAGUCAGACACCAGCACUUUGCCCACCAGAAACUAGGGCUCUGCACUCUGCAGCUGCUGCAGCAGCAUCAGCCUCCACUGAGUUUGAAAAUGCUGAAACUGAGGCCGAUUUCAGUAUCCAUUUCAAUAGAUUCAAUCCUGACGGGGAAGAGGAAGAUGGUGCAGUACAUGAGUGACGUUCCCUUGUUAUUAGAGACGUUGUUACCUGUGGAGUGACUAGGGAUAUUGGAAGCAGCAUGAUGUUGACGUACAAAACAAGAGAGCUUGGUCAGCAACAACCUUGUUAUAUUUGUCUUCUUGAUUGAUUUAUUUAUUUUUGCCUCUAAUGUGUCAUACCAGUCUUUUCAAACCACUCAGACAACCACUUGAAGCACACUUAGCAAAAGACAGCUUGUGUUGGCUGUGCCUUUUGCGGCUUCGUGAUUUUAAGAUUGAACUGUAUCGUUGCAUUCUUUCCCUCCAUAGUUCUUUUUGUUUUAAACCAUGCUAUGUCCUACAAACAAACUAAAAUAUCUAAUAUUUCUGAGCCCCUGUGUCUUCUGUGCCAAGCUCCUCCCUGAGGUGCACUUCCUCGUCAGCUGUACAGACUGUUAAAACCGUUCACCUGCU